AUGGCCACCCCCAGAGCCACCCCACAGAACCUCUUCGGCCCUCCACCGCCGGACAUUGAUCUCUCUGAGAGCCGCGCGGAGGGCGUCCUCGCCGCAGCGGGUACGCUGAUGCCGAUAGCCACGAUCUUCGUGGCCCUGCGUCUGCUCUCACGGACCAAGGUGCAGAGGAUCCCCCUGCAGGCUGAUGACUGGAUCUGCGUUGCGUCCCUGGUGCCGCUGUGGGGGUAUUUUGUCGUUGUAUACUACCUCACGCAGAACGGCCUGGGAAGACACAUCUGGGCGCCGUCGGACGAGCAGCUCAUCCACUACUUCAAGGCGGCCUUCGCCAGCGGCCUGGUCUACUUCGUCGCCCUCCUCGUCGUCAAGCUGGCCGUCAUCGCGCUCUACCGCCGCAUCUUCACCAUGAUCAAGCCCCUGUACGUCUGCGUCUUCCUGACAAUCGGCUUCUACAUCGCCGCCACAACCACCUGGCUCGCCAACUGCCGCCCCAUCUCCCGCCACUGGGACCAGUCCGUUUACCCGCAACUCCCCGGCAACUGCGUUAUCAACACCUACGCCUUCGCCAUCGCCUCCGCCGCAAUCAACACCGCCAUCGACGUGGUCAUCCUGCUUGUCCCCGUGCGCCCUGUCCUGAAGCUGCACAUGCGCACGCCGCAGAAGGUCCUGGUGCUGGGUGUCUUCUUCCUGGGCUCUUUCGUCUGCGUCGCCUCCUUCCUCCGCCUGUACUACCUCCUCCCCUUCAGCCACGGCAUCCACAACGUCACCUGGUACACGAGCACCAACGUCACCUGGUACGCGAGCACGAACAUCAUCUGGACCAUCGCGGAGAUCUGCCUGGCCGUUGUGUGCGCCUGUCUCCCGACGCUGAGGCCGCUGCUGCAUUGGACUCUGCAGGUCCUGAAUACCACAAUCAGGAGCCUGCUCGCGUCGUUUGCCUUGAGGCCGAGGUCCGGGUCUAGUUCUGGCUCUGGGUCGGCGCCGCUGGAGCCAGAGGCCAGGACGAAGACUGGGGCAACGGCUGAGCCGGCGACGAUCGCAUCUUCGGAGCGUUGGAUACCACUGGAAUAG